AUGAUUAUGAUGGCGGCCGUACAUGUCCCGCGUGCUUACAAUCCCCCAGACGUCCAGGGAAGUGCGCCAUCUUCUCUCAAUACCGGAAUUUGCCCUCCUUGUACCACAUGCUACCCUUCUCAAUACAAUUACGGCGAGGGCGCCCAGAAGUUAUGUGGACAGUCUAACCGGUUGAAGAUGGCAACAGACAUACCCAACACGACCCUGCUGCGGGAUCAGGGUCCCUGCAUCAACGGAAUUACGCCAAGUGCCUGUUGGAAAACCAACUUGAAAGUUGGAAUUUUGAGAGCUUUCCCUGAGCUCCAGGCCCACACGAAAUGUUUAAAUACGAGUGUCCACGACUUUUAUCCUACCUUUGAGCAUGUUGUUGGUGGAUCUCCGCUCGCUAGGGUUUGGUCUCGUGACCGCCGGCACCCUGGCUUUGGUUUGUUGGAAGCCCAAACAACCUUGGCUUUGAUACACUUUGAUACAAGUGAAGACGUAUUCACUGGUGGACAAGGGUUUCAAGAUAGUCGGCAUGGAGUCGGUUUGAAGGAUGUUCAAGAAUGCCCAGAUACACCGCCCACUUCUGGUGCUCAACAAAGUCCUGAACCUACGCACUCGUCAAAUGCACGGGCAGGCAUGCAGGCUACCUUUGUUGGACUAAAGGACGAUCCAACAGAUUCCCUGGCUCGUGACCCUUGGUCGCAUGAACACCCACAACGAACUCGAUGGUUAGGCAAAUGGUGGUAUGUGGAUGUCGUUUCGUACGCUGAUACUGGAUCCCUUGGAUCCAUAAGCCACCCAGGUACUGAUCAUGAAGUGACGGGAACCAACGACGACCAUCAAUGCAGUGACGCUGAUCAAAGAUUCCUUAACCUGGGAACCAAGAACCAUCAUCAUACAACCCUGAUGGUGGAGCAAACUUGGGCUGACCCUUUUCUGCAAAGGUUAUACAAGUCUGGUAGUGGCGUAAUCGUGGACAUUAGAACAUGUCGACUGCCAGCACUCGUGUUGUUGCGGGAGGAUGAAACAGCUCGGUAUCAAGACCUCGGUCUCCUUUUCAGGGAUCUCAAAGUGCAAGUCUAUGACUUAGUAUUGAACUACAUAUGUACAGCCUUUAUAACCGAGAGUCGAGACGACUGUUCCACUCGUGGUGACCAUUGGUGUUAUGCAAGCUCGUCAAGAUGCGGGGAGGUGCAGGGAGGGCGCGACGAGGUGCAGGAGGAAGGGUUUGCUCCCAGACAGAGCGUCUGUGGCUGUGGAAGGAAGGACUCGUUGAGGGAACGCUUUGUGGCUAUGCGGAGGGCAGGCGGGAGACAUCAAUGGAGGGAACGUCGUCUGGUGCUUAGCCGACGUGAAGGAUUUUGUGGAGAGGGUGUUGCGGGUGUCGGGACUGCACCUGAAGAGAAGCAUGUGGUGACAGAGAACGCUGAGGCAUUUAUGACGGCGAUGAUGUAG